AUGGAGAGUUUGCUUUUAGUUUGGAUAAAUGAACGGGAAAUGAAACGAGAUGUAACUAGUAUGCCUAUCACUCAAGAGAACGCUAGAGAAAUUUUUGAGAAAUUGAAAGAACAAACUCCAGGUUCGUCAUCCGAGGAGUUAGAAUUCAAGGCUACCACUGGCUGGUUUACAAAGUUUAAAAGAAGGUCUGGAAUUAAACAUGCAUUAAUGCGUGGUAGGUCUGCUAGUGCAGAUAAAGAAGCAGCUGAGAAGUACUGUCUCAAAUUUCAAGAAUUCAUUGAAAUAGAAGGAUAUCGUCCACAACAAAUAUUUAAUUGUGAUGAAGCUGAUUUGUUUUGGAAGCGCAUGCCGAACCGUACCUACAUCACGAAAGAUGAGAAAAGUGUGCCUGGGCAUAAACCUAUGAAAGACCGAUUGACGUUACUUCUGGGAACUAACGCUAGUGGGGGUAUGAAGCUUAAACCACUUCUCGUUUACCACUCUGAGAAUCCCAGAGCAUUAAAAACAAAUUCCAUAAUUAAGAGCAAAUUGCCUGUAAUGUGGAGAUCGAAUCAGAGGGCAUGGGCCAUGCAGUAUCUUUUCAAAGAAUGGCUAAUUAAAGUUUGUGCCCCGAGCAUCAAAGACUAUCUUGAUACCGAUGACUUACCGUUGAAAGCACUGCUGCUAUUGGACAAUGCACCAGGACACCCAAAGGAUCUUGAAGAUAAUUUGUUGACAGACUUUCCCUGGCUGACAGUUCAGUUUUUACCUCCGAAUACGACUUCGCUGAUUCAGCCGAUGGAUCAGGAGGUUAUUGCGGCUUUCAAGAAAUUGUACACUCGCGCGCUGUUUCGUCGGUGUUUUGAAGCAAGCCAAUUCUCCUCAACAAUGACUUUAAAAAAGUUUCGGAAAGAAAAAUUUGACAUUCUUGAAGCUAUUCGUAUCAUUCAAAAGGCGUGGUCAGAAGUCACACAGCGACAGUUGAUUUCUGCUUGGCGGAAGCUGUGUCCAUCCUUCGUUCAAGGUGACGGAGGUGAUCAGGGAGACACCCCUGAAAUUAUGGAUGAAAUUUUGACAACUGCUAGAGAUCUGGAAUUGGAGGUGAACGAGGAUGACAUAGAAGAGCUCAUAAUGGGACAUGUAGAUUAA